UGAAAGGAUCAUGAAAGGAUAUCAAAUUAUAUUUAUCUGUCAUCCACUUUUUGCAAUAGUGGUAAAACUUAUUUUGACAUAAACCAGUAUGGUAUCAUCUAUUUUUGAGCACGGUGAACAUUUACAGUGAAAUUAAAGUGCGCGACUACAAUAGAAAUUAUUGUAUGAAUGACAAUUGUGUAAUAUUUACAAAGCUGCAGGAUUAGGAGUACCAAAAUCUGCAUAAGUUUCAGACUUUUUCAUCAAUUUAAAUUCAAGAAAUGGUGGGAAAAUGGCUGACAAAUACCACCGCCUUGUAAGUUUCCUGAUAAAUAUAUGUCCAGAACCUCUCAGAGAACUGUUCUUACAAAAUGCCAAGUCCGAUACAAAACCUGGUGUACCAUACACAUCACUGGAUGCUUACCUUGCAUCUAGAAAACAAGACAUAUUAUCAUUGAAGAGCAGACGUAAACUGAGAGAUGACCAGUAUGAUCUUUUAUACCCGAAUUCUGGACCAGCAGAUGAGUCACAGUGGGAUAUUACCUUGUUAGCUGUUUUAAUUCUUGAACUAUUUCGCACAAACAUUCAAAACCAAAUCCAGUUUCACAUAAGAGAUAUCCGAGAUGUGAGAAACAGUCUGCAACAUGAAUCAUCGACUUCAAGCAUUAGUGACACAAAAUUUCAGCAGAACUGGGAUCGCUUAGAAAUAGCAACUUUAGCUUUGGCUAAAGUUGUAAAUGGAACUAAUUAUGAGAAUGUUAUGAAAGGAAAGAUUGAAACAGCCAAUGUCUCAAACAUGCCAGACCUUGCUAACACACUGACAAUAUGGUUUAUGGAAAUGAAAACACAAAUGAUGGCUGAAAUGAAAGGAAAAAUGGAAGAAAUUUUGAAAGAUACUAAAGAAACCAAAAGAAAGUCCAACGAGAGUGUGAACAUUCUACAAAAUGCUCAUAUGGUUAAACCAGGACCAUCAGGGAAACCAAAUAAAAGAAUGAAAAUAGUGGAUAAGGCAUUAAAGAAGAUGCAAGAUUAUUUUGAAAGAACACUGAAUACGGAAAUUCCAGAAGAUUUCAAUGCUCCAGUUGAGACAGACAGGAUUAAACAAAAGUUACAAGACAAUCACCUUGUGAUUGUAGCUGGUCAGAACAACAGUCUGUAUGUAGCAGCUGCCCUCACAGCCGUCAAAGACAUGGGAUAUAAUGAGAAACGUUGUGUGGAGAUGCAGAAUUUUUCCGACUGGAAUCAUGUAGACCCAGAAGACGUUGAAUUUGUUCUUUGUUGCAAUCCAUUUGGCAGAGAGGCGUAUGAUGCAGAGAAAGCAAAAGGUAUGGCAGACAUAUUUAGUAGUAUUCAACAUACAGUGAAAGAGGACAGGGAUGACAAGAAUCUUGCUGUUCUAAUGACAUCAGAUAUUGGAGUGUUAAAUGAAUGUAAAAAGAGAUAUUAUCAUGACAUUCUGGAGGAAGUGGUCACAGUGUAUCACUCUACAAGUGAAACUCAACCAGCUGAUCUUACAGUGGCCAGAUGUAACAAAAACGUUGUUCCUUCAACUUCAACGAUUUCACAGAAUCUGGCAGACCAAACAUGCCUUUUCCUGGAUCAUCAUAAAAGGCAAGUGCAUCCAGAUAUAAUGAAGGCAGCGAAAGACAAGUUCAAGGUUCAUAAAUCAGUGGUGUUGGUAGGACCACCAAGAUGUGGUAAAACUUCACUUGCAGUAGCUCUUGCAGCUUCCUACCAGCCAUCACAAGUUCUUCUUCUGACAUACCCUGAACAGGUUCAACAUGUUGACCAGAACAGAACAGAUCUAGUUAUGAUUGAGGAUUUUGCUGGGAAAUAUGGAUUCAACAAAAUCCAAAUCUGUGACUGGUACAAAACAUUUGAAAUUCUGCAUGUCAUGAAAUCUGCUGGCAAACUCAACAUCAUUCUAACAUGUGACAAACAAAAGUUUAAGAAAUGCACUGAAAAAAUUGCCGCUCAUCCAUUGCUGGAACAUACAGUGGAGCUUAAACGUAAAAAUGUUCCAGUGAAACAAGAGAUACACACCAAUGUCAGCCAAGCACAAACUGUUACUGUAGAUACUGUUUCCAACCAACAUCAUUACACGCCACCGAUUAUCCUGGCAGGUAGAGUCCUGUAAAUUUAAGUGCACUAGGUGCACCAAGAUUUACAUCUGUUGUCAGUAUGGAGGAGUGCAUCAAUCUGAGAAAUUUUGUUUCUGACUAUUUUGACUGUACAAGUAUGUGCUUGACCAAAGAUAAGUCUAUAUAUGUGGCAGUUAGAAAAGGCUUCAUACCUCGAUCUUCUAACUGGCUACUCUAUCAUGACAAGAACACUAAUAAAACAUCCAAAUAUUCUGUGACAACUCAGAUUCACAGUAUGUGCUGUACAACUACUGGUGAUGUUGUUGCUAUUGUUUCAUACCUAUUGUACAUACCUCCUAUUCCAAGUAUAAGUGUACUGAGAGUCAUUGAUGGAUCAGUUGUGGUAAUUAAGAGAUUACAAGGUAACACUUCUAGUAUCUGUAAAGCUAUGUCAUGUGAUAAUGAAGAUCAGAUCUAUACAUUAUGGGAUGAUGGAACAAUAAACAUAUACAACAUCAGUCUGGAAUUUGUAGGGCAGUACAAAACAUCAAAAUAUUCAGGUGAUAUUCUCAGCUCUGUUAUCAACCCAAAAGGACAUGUAUUUAACAGUACUCAUGAAGUACUGCAUUAUGACAAUUUCAGAAGUUAUUCCAGCAGUGGAAGUAAGGUGAAAAACUUUAUGUAUACUUGCAUGUGUGCAGCCAGUGAGGACCCUUACACUGUAUUUAUUGCAGAGAAAACACAGAACAAACUUGUCCAGUACAACACAAAAUGUCAGAGAAUAUCAGGGAUUCCUUUAACAAUUCCUGAUAUGUUUAUAUCUAAAAUGGUGUUUGAGGAAACAAGCUCAAGACUGAUCAUUUAUAACCACUACUCUCAAAGAAUAUACAAUGUGUAUCUGAAGUAAACAAUCUGUAUAAAAUGAAAAUACAUCGUGAGGGUUAUCAACAUAAUCUUGCUAGGGGUAAGCUUUCAGUAUAUCAGUGACAGCAUUAAAUUUUGUUUUAUAUCUUUUAAGUAACAAUAAAUUCAGAGUACAAACUCCAGCCAUUCAGGAGAGGAACUAAUUUGCAAAACCAGUUAAACCUUUGUUUCAUAUUUUAUGAAGUUCCAGACAGUCAGGUAAAAUGAUUAUACUUAACAUGUACAAAAAGAAAAUACACAUAUUGUGAUUUUACAAUAUAAAAUUCAUAAUGACAGUUUUAUAAGAUUUUCAUUUCUUGUCACUGAUUGGCUGUUGCUGUUGAUCACAGGGACACUUUUUUAAGGAAUUUUCUAAAUAAUUAUAUGACUUGUUUUGAAAAUAAAGCUUAUGUACUUUUGUAAGCACCUUAACCAAAUUAAAGUUUAAGUGAAAGAUACUGUAAAGACUGUUUUACAAACUUUAUGGAGUUGAUACAAAAUAACUUUUGCGAAAGAUAAGACAAUGAAUCUUACAUAUAUGUUAGUUACCUUUUGCUUGUCCUGGUUGUCAAGAUGUGACAUGAUUAUGUUAAUAAAGAUAACUGUUUAUGCAUAUUAUUUCAAUAUUCUAGCUGACAACAGUGUAACAGUUACAAAUCUCAUUACCAAAGUGCACAUAUGAUAUCACAGUCAUUUCCUAGAAACUAUUGCAUAUUUGGAGCAGGGCAUAGCUUUCAGUUUUUAAUGUAGAAAGAAUAUACCUUACAACAAAUAUUAAAUAUUUUCUUAAUGAAUUUUCAAGUUUCUGUUCAAAGUAAUAUGCUUUUUUACGGUAACCGUUGUUCUUUCCUGAACAGCUUUAACAUCAACGUUUUUCAUUCUUGGAACUGUACAUGCUACAAUACAAUCUUAAAAAAUGUCAGUAAUAUAUCAUUAAAAAAAUUUAUUCAUAAUUUCAGACAGUAUGUCCCAUUAUAUGACGGUGCUAUUUUAUAAAACAGCAUAUAUGCAGACAAAGUUUUCACUUCUUGCCACCUUACAUAUUUCCAACAUCAACUUUUUAAUACUAUACACAUUCUAGUAAAACUGCCAUAUUAUAUAAUGAUAUUGGGAGGGGCCAAUCCUAUAUGCUCAUUUAAAGGUAUAUCAAACAAAUAUUCUCUGUUUGGCACUUCUGAUCUAGAUAUUGUAUAAUACAUAGAGGAUAUUUGUUUGUUUUGAGUGAAUAUGGAAUAUAUCUCACUGAGAAGUGAGAAAAUUUCAAAUAUUUUGACGAGCGCGUAGCGCGAGUGAAAAUGUGAAAAUUUUCUCACUUCGAGGUGAGAUAUAUUCUAUAUUCACGAAAAACAAACAAAUUUUCUUUUUAUUUUAUCACACUGGUUAUUCGGGUACCUACUCGUGUGAGCGAUACCGCCCUCGUGUGAUUAAUGUACAUGUUGGUGAACAGGAAAUUCACACCUAUAACAGGUAAUUAUUCCGUAUUUUACUGAAGAUUUGAAAAGUUUUAGUAUUAAAUGUGUAAGAUCAUACCUUAAUUAUAUCCAUGUCAAAUAUCUAUCUCAUAUAAUCUGAAUAACUGUGAAAAAAAUACGUUUUUUGUCGCGUAAAUGAAGAUAUUUUAAGGCGAUGGUAUAUAUUUUGACCGGCAUUUUACUAGGAACUAUUCAGCUCCCCCUUUAUUUUAUCGUUACUUUAACUUAUGAUAGAACUUUCAUGAAAAAUUGGUGUUGGAAAAAGUGAUGUUCUAUUAAGGCAGGUAAAGAGGGCAUGAAGUUUAGUAGGUUUGCAGGUUUGUCGAACAAUUCAAGCCCCGAGCAAUUUGCUUAUCAUCCAACUGUUGAAAGCAGAGCUAAAAUGGUGGGAAAUGAAAAAAAAAAAAAAAAAAAAAAAAAAAAGAAAGCGACGAGAAAUUUUGCUUGUUCUUGGUAACCAUUUGUACAUUAUUUCAAAGUUAUUACAGCUCGUCUGAUACUUAAACUUUAGCAAAAUAUCAUCUUACCUGUCUUAUAGUCUGUUGCUAAUUCUGUAUUGCAAAUGGUGAUUAUGAAUCUAAAGGCAGUAAGUUAAAGUCUAAAAAAAAUCUACUCUUAUCUUUUGCCAUUGUAGAUUACAAGAAAGCGUUUGAUUCUGUCGAUCGUAUGUGUUUAUGGAAUAAAUUACUACAGCAUAGCAUUAAUGGGAAAGUCUUUAAGGCUGUAUAUUAUGCAAUAUAUGAUAAAGCCAAAUCUUGUGUAAAGAGUAGCAAAAGUCUAUCAAAUUUCUUUAUUAACUCAACUGGUGUAUGACAAGGUGAAAAUUUAUCACCAAUAUUAUUUUCUGUUUUCUAGAAUGAUUUAGUCUCAUAUAUGUCCAAUUAUUAUUCAGGAUAAAACUAAGGUUGUUCUUUUUUAACGUGGAAAAGUACAAAAUAAGUCUGCCUUUUAUAAUAAUAAUGCGGCACUUGAAGCAGUAGAUGACUUCAGUUAUCUUAAAUUUAACAACAAUGGUAACUUCAAUAAAACUAAAAUAUAUUUGGUUGACUAAGCUAGAAAUGCCAUGUAUGCUCUGUUGAAAAAAAAUAUAGGAAGUUGCAGCUUAGUAUUGAUUCACAGUUACAUUUAUUUAAGUCUGUGGUUCAACCAAUAUUAUUGUAUGGAUCAGAGGUAUGGGGAUGUGGUGAUGUUAGCAUUGUUAAAAGUUUUCAGCUUAAAUUUUUAAAAACAUUACUGAAGGUUAAAAAGUCAACACCUUAUGUCAUGGUUUUUGGUGAGCUCGGGGUAUUACCAAUAGAUAUUGUAAUUAGAAAUAGAAUAUUGAACUACUGGUGUACAAUUUAUUAAAUGGUAAACAAGAAAAGAUAAACUGUAUACUUUACAGGUUCAUGUAUAGACACCAUCAGCAAAAAUGUAAAUUAUUGUUCUUGGAUUUCAUAUGUAAAAGAACCUUUAGAACAACUUGGACCUGCUGCAUUCUGGUUGAAUCAGUCAGUACUUUCACCAGUGUAUUCCGCAAUAUUCUUAUUUUAGAAUGUCCCUAUAAUGAUUUGGACAGAGUAAAAUAUUUACCAAAUGACUUUCAACUGUUAAAUGUAAUGUCAUUUCAACUUUAUUUCAAAGUAAUGAUAGUACUCUUCUUUUUAAGUUAGCAUUGUUUGUACAGAAAAUACUUCAAAUUUUUAGGUAGGGAUAGGUUUUUGUCACUGGUAGUUAUUUGCUGGCCAGUUAAAACAAUGUUUUCAACCUGGUUAAUUCUAAAUGUACACCAUCUUCUAUUUUUUUUUAGCUUACAACAUAUUUGUAUCAGAUCUAUUAUGACCGUAAAACUACUGUUUUAUUUUAUGUAUUAGUGUUUGUUUUGUUAAAUUUGUUGUUAUUAUAAUGCUGAUGCCGUAUGGGCCUAGUUAUAAAUAAAAUCUUGAAAUCUUGAAUCUCACAGAUUUCCUCCUAGACGUACAUUUAACGUUUACAACCGCUGUGAGGAGUGUGUGAACAAACAAUAAAAAGAGAUCUGUUUCUUCAGUUAGUCACCUGUAAGACACUUAUACAGUAGUGUAUAUUGUAUGCACUUGUAAACAAGUCGCCUAAUAAGCACUACCUUAAUGGCGGGUGCGCCUAUGAACAGAGGCGAAUAUUACAAGAUACCAUAAAAGGCAGAUUUUUGAAGCCGAAGCAUCUCCCAAAACGAAUACAUGCCGAGAGAGAGGGUCCACUUUCCCUUUCAGGAAGAAAAAAAAAAGGUCUUAACAUAAACACUUUUGCUCGGUGUGCGACAAAUUUGGUCGUUUUCAUAAUGAGACUAAAGGAGAAAAAGAAGAACUUCAAGAAGGCAAGAUGAUAGAAUGCAUAGAAUAGAGGGUGGGUGUGAGGGAAGAGUUAAUAUUUGUGAAAUACUGCUAACACGGUCCACUCCCAUUCUUUCCAUCUUUAAAGUUAAAACUCUAAUCAAAUAGAUCUACUAAAGGUCGGGUUUCAUAUUUUCCAGUUCUUAUUUCCAGAUCCUCAAAGCAAUUACCUUCAGUUGCGUUUAUUGAGUGUACCGUAUGCGUAAGCAAUCGCUGAGGGGAGUUUUAUAAAUGUUCAUUGACAUAACGAGGACGGUACCCAUGUGCAAACGGGUAGGUAUCUUUGUUUAUUUUCAUCCAUCGUCAGAGGUACCAUCAAAAACAGCAACAGGAUGCAUAUAAUUGAAAUUUUAUCAACAAAAACAACUUGCAGGUACCUGAUCCAAACGUUUUGUAGUUGAGUAUGUAUAGUUCCACCAAGGUGAGUGGUAAAUUCAGUUAUCUCAACUUUGAACAAAGAAAAAUACGUCUCAAAACGUCAAAAUACGUGAAUUUCGCUACAUUUCUUCAAAUUAUAUAGUCAUAUCAAUAUUAUUUAGGACUGAUAUUUUCACCAGUGCGAAUUAAUGCAUUGCCACGGACGAAUCUGUCUUUUAAAUGUUCAACAUUCUUAAAUAUGUGUCAUACGUUGGCAUUGUUUUUAUAUACCCUAAACAACAUACAUGUACAUAAAUCACACGAGGGCGGUACCGCUUACACGAGUAGGUACCCGAAUAACCAGUGUGUUUUAUGCUCAAUUACGUUGAGAUGUGCAUUUUGCUACUAUUUUAAUCUCAGCGCGGGAAACAGACGUGCGUAAACAGACAUGACGUCAGACGUGCUGUGACGUUAUAAAGACGCAUGCAACAUAAAGUUCCAUUUUGUUUUAUUUUUGCUGCAUAACGGUAUGAAAUUCUCUUUAAGUAAAUAUUAAAUAAUUUGAAUCGAAAAAUAUACUAUAAAGAACAAAGUGCGGCUACAAUUUUCAUCCUGUUUUAAGCAAAUAAUUUAAAAUUCAUACACAAUGUAAUGAGGGGGCGGAGCUAUAUCUCUCACAGUGUGAAAAUAUAGAUUUCAUAUUUUCACAGUGUGAGUGAUGAAAUAUGAAUAUAUUUAACAGAUAGAAUACAGUAUUUCAUUAGUUAGCAUAAAAUAAAAAUAAUUAUCAAGAUUUUAUGUAAGAGUGUUUUAUGUAAAAAAUAUAUUUUCUCUGACAGGGAAGCAAAAUAAAUGAUAACUCUAUUGUUCUGAAAAUAAAGAAAGGACAGAUUAAAUAAUUCAAAUGCUUCAGUUUUAAUCUCUUUAAUAAAGUCUUUCAGUUUUAUACAUAUAUAAGCACUUAUUAGCAAAGUCAAUAAAAUAUCACAGUAUCAAAACACAUGCUAACAUGCAAAAUUAUCAAUGUCAGAUUUAACAUUUGUGUAACAUGAUUUUUUUUCAAUAAUAUUGUUUGAACAAGGUUACAUAAAAUUUAUCAAAUAACAAAAUUCCUGUUUGACUCAAUAAAUCUUAUCCUGAUAAAAAAAGUAUUUGUCUAUUUUAGAAGCAUUGUAUAGUUUAAACUCUUUAACCUUGAAUACAGAUUGAGCAAUUUCUUCUUAAAUCAAGAUUGUUAUCCAAUUUUUCAUGGAAAACUAGACUUUCAAGAAAGAUGAAACAUUUACUUCCAAAAAAGAUCUGACAUUAGGCAAGUCAGUAUUGCAAAUAUUUUACAUCUGUAUUAAAUUCUGAUUGAAUAAACAUGAUUCAGGCUGUUGGAAUUUUUUGUAAACACAUACACUAUUUCCAUCCAAACUAAAUAAAUCUAACAAAAACCACAAAUUUGGCAGUUCUGACAAAUGUUUGCCUCUUGUCUGAUGCUAUGUCAGAAAUUAGAAUUGACAUGUGUUCAACCAAAGAGAUCUGAGAUGAGUUUAUCAGCUUGCAUUUUGUGGAUAUGUCCAAUUCCUACCGCCGGUAAUCCUAGUACAUCCCUUCCAACAUAAUGCAACUGAAAUAAAAACAAUAGAUAAAUAUGAGCCACGCCAUGAGAAAACCAUGCAUUUGUGACCAGCAUGGAUCUAGACCAGCCUGUGCAUCCAUGCAGUCUGGUCAGGACCUAUGCUAUUCAUUUUCAAAGCCUAUAUCAACUAGAGCUAUCACUAAAGGUGAUGAAUGUACCCCCCGCAUGCACUGACACAGUACAUUGCAAUUUGAUGCACACAAGAUUGCAUAAUUAUGUGGACUGUAUGUAUAUAGACUGUAUGUAUACAGUAUAGUAACAAAAAACAAAGUCCCAUAACUAUGCAGAAUAUUUAUCUAAAAGAAUGUAAUAUGCAACAUGCACAACUAGGGUUAGUACUGAUCACUUGUGUGAAGUUUCAUUAAAUUGUGUGUAAGGGUUUGGUAGAUCAGGCACGCACAAGAUUGCAUAUGCAGACUGUAUGUACAUAGUAUGUUAACAAGAAACAAAGUCCCAUAACUCUGCAAUUUUUGUCGCUGAAAGAACCUAACAUGCCCCAUGCACAACUACUGUUGUUACUGAUCACUUGUGUGAAGUUUCAUUAAAUUUUGUCAAGGGGAUGAGGAGUGAUGGUGCGCACAAGAUUGUGUCUAUGUAUAUAGUAUAGUAACAAAAAAACAAACAAAGUCCCAUAACUCUGCAAUUUUUUUUUCUAAAAGAACCUAACAUGCCCCAUGCACAACUACUGUUGUUACUGAUCACUUGUGUGAAGUUUCAUUAAAUUGUGUCAAGGGGAUGAGGAGAGAUGGUGCGCACAAGAUUGUGUCUAUGUAUAUAGUAUAGUAACAAAAAAACAAAGUCCCAUAACUCUGCAAUUUUUUUUUCUAAAAGAACCUAACAUGCCCCAUGCACAACUACUGUUGGUACUGAUCACUUGUGUGAAGUUUCAUUAAAUUCUGUCAAGGGGAUAAGGAGAGAUGGUGCGCACAAGAUUGCGUCUACGGACAGACGGACAGACAGACAGACGGACAGACAGACAACCUGAAACCAGUAUACCCCCCUUACAACUUUGUUGUCGGGGGGUACAAUUAGAGAAACUGUUGGCAAACAGCAUGGAUCCGGACCAGACUGUACAGAUGUGCAGCUGGUCUGGAUCCAUGCUGGCUGCAAAUGCAUUGUGUUGGUUUUCUCGUGGUGCGGCUCAUACAUGUUUUAACAAAAAUAUCAACACUGCAUAAUUGUUUAUAUUUUUUUCAACUGACAUAGUGUUUGAGACUUGAAUGUAGAAAAUAUGCAUGUCAAAUGCUAUUGUUAUUUUCAUAAACAUAAAAUAUUGAUUAUAACUUGGAUAUAAUGUGAGACUAUGUGUAUAGAUAUCAUGUUUCAUGUAUUUUGUUUUGGAUACUAUUUGCUAUAGGUGUUUGGUUCAUGUUGUCACUGGUAAUUUUAUAUGAAUAAACACUUCAAAACAUUGCAUCAAAAUACAUUACUCUUGUAUAGUUACAUGUACAUUUUGUCUUAUUUUCAAAAUAAAUAGUAUUUUUAUUCAUUCAGUGAACAAUUAGUUCUUCGAUGAUAUACAGUAUGCAUUUCAUAAUUUAUCAUUUAAUGAAAAUGGGAAACUUGACUCAGAAAGUAAUCUAUGACUGGUAAUUUUGUAUUUAUUUAUGUAAAUAUGUAAAUAAUUUUAUUAUUAAAUCUAUAUUUAUAGUCCUUUCCAAUGGUCUAGAUGUAGUCACAUGAUCAAUCAUAAAAAGUCAUACUGACUCGAAGGCGGAGCCAAACACACAUACUGACCGCCAGCUGUGACGUCAUCACGGUUUGACGUCAAAACAAUGCGACGUCGUACACAAUUUACCACGAAAAAAUUACCAAAGGCUGCAGAUAUAUUGUAUAUAAUGUUUAUACUUAUGAGUGUGAAGUUUCAUUAAAUUGUGUGCAAGGGUUCGGAAGAUUAGGCGCGCACAAGACUGCAUAUGCAGACUGUAUGUACAUAGUAUGUUAACAAGAAACAAAGUCCCAUAACUCUGCAAUUUUUGUCGUUGAAAGAACCUAACAUGCCCCAUGCACAACUACUGUUGUUACUGAUCACUUGUGUGAAGUUUUAUUAAAUUGUGUCAAGGGGAUGAGGAGAGAUGGUGCGCACAAGAUUGUGUCUAUGUAUAUAGUUUAGUAACAAAAAACAAAGUCCGGUAACUCUGCAAAUUUUUUUUCUGAAAGAACCUAACAUGCCCCAUGCACAACUACUGUUGUUACUGAUCACUUGUGUGAAGUUUCAUUAAAUUGUGUCAAGUGGAUGAGGAGAGAUGGUGCGCACAAGAUUGUGUCUAUGUAUAUAGUAUAGUAACAAAAAACAAAGUCCCAUAACUCUGCAAUUUUUUUUCUGAAAGAACUAACAUGCCUCAUGCACAACUACUGUUGUUACUGAUCACUUGUGUGAAGUUUCAUUAAAUUGUGUCAAGUGGAUGAGGAGAGAUGGUGCGCACAAGAUUGUGUCUAGGUAUAUAGUAUAGUAACAAAAAACAAAGUCCCAUAACUCUGCAAGUUUUUUUUCUGAAAGAACCUAACAUGCCCCAUGCACAACUACUGUUGUGACUGAUCACUUGUGUGAAGUUUCAUUAAAUUGUGCCAAGGGGAUGAGGAGAGAUGGUGCGCACAAGAUUGUGUCUACGGACAGACAGACGGACAGACAGACAGACAACCUGAAACCAGUAUACCCCCUUACAACUUUGUUGUCGGGGGGUACAAUAACAUAUUCUACUAGUUAUAGAAACAUAGGACUGAAACUGUUCACUCUUAAAUGUUUAGAAAAAAGUUUUUAACAUAGUAAAAGAUGUAAUAAAGGCCAAUGACUGUUUAAAGGAUGCAUUCAUCCAUUGAUAUAUUCACCUCUUUAUUUUAAUAAUCACUGAGCAAUUAGCAUUAGGUAUUUAUUCUUUUGUAUUUUGCACCAGCCUUCCUGAAUGGGAUCUUAUGGAAGAUUGGUGCGAAAUUCAAAAGAAUAAAUUCCAAGAAAAUUGCCAGGGGGCCCAAGUGGUUAAGGGGUCUGACUUCUCUUGCCCCUCAUCGAUGUGGGUUCGAGCCUCACUUGGGGCAUUGAAUUCUUCAUGUGAGGGAGCCAUCCAGCUGGCUUAGAAAGGUCGGUGGUUCUACCUAGGUGGGCUAUUGUGUUGAAAUAAUGCACUGAGGAGCAUCUGCGGUCUUCCUCAAAGCUAGAAAGUCACCAUAUGACCUAUAAUUGUGUUGGUGCGAUGUUAAACUCAACAAAAAAAAAUAAGUCAACAAGAAAAUUGCCAAAUGCUAAAGACUGUGUCACAUAUCACUUGCAAACUACCAAAAUGCUAUAUACCACUGAUUCAAUGCUACUUGCAAACAGUGAUAAAUAAUUAUUGUCAAAUUCUUUAAUACCUGUAUCUCUUAUCUUUCAAUAAUUUGAAAGAGACUGAUUUUGGCAAUAGCAUGUUCUUUCGGUUGUGUUAGCAUGGGAAAGAGUCUUUUUACUUUCAAUUGUUUAGAAAAAAAGCUUUUAAACAAGAGCAUGUUAUGAUAUAUGGCUGAUGACAAAAGGAUGAAUUCAUUCUUUGUUAUAUUCAGCUCUGUAUAUAGAUAAGCAUUUGGCAUUUAUUGUUUCAAACUUCAAAUUUAACAAUUACAUUAAUUUUAUCAUUUUGCAAUAUCCUUUUUAAAGCUGAUGUUUGACAUAACACAUUGAGGUUUAAGAAUUUGGCAAAUAACAUGGAACAUUGGCUUUCCAUAUGUCUACUUACUACAUACAUGUAUAUUUAUCUAAUAUGUUAACUUGUAUGGAGUACUAUGUUAAAACAGCUUCACACAACCAACGUUUUUUGUAAAUGUAUGUGGAAACAGCUUUAAAUAGCUAACCUUUGUUGUAAAUGUAUGUGAAAACAGCUUUAAAUAGCUAUUAAAAGUGUAUUGUAAUUAAAUGUGGAAAAUUGGUUUCAACAGCUAUAAUUUUUUAAAUGUAUGUGGAAACAGCUUUAAACAGCUAAAGUUUAUUGUAAAUGUAUAAGGAAACAGCUUUGAAUAGCUAAAGUUUAUUGUAAUAUGUAUGUGGAAACAGUUUUAGUAGCAGUAGUUUGUUGUAAAUGUAUGUAUAAGGAAACAGCUUCAAUUAACUAAAGUUUAGUGUAAAUGUAUGUGGAAACAGCUUUGAAUAGCUACAGUUUAUUGUAAUAUGUAUGUGGAAACAGCUUUAGUAGCUAUUUAUUUAUUUAUUUAUUUGGGUUUUACGGCGCACCAACACAGUAUAGGUUAUAUGUCGCCAAACAGGACUACAAAUUUUGGUUCCACAUCUCAUUUACAUCGAAAUAAAAACAUGAGGUAUGGAAUCAAAAUUUGCAUACCUGCUAGAAUCACAGAGUUACUGCAAAACCAAGUGUUAAGACCUUAUUAGUCGCCUCUUAUGAUCAUGCAAGGGUAAUCAGGCAGUGGUUCCAAUUCUUUUCAUACACAGAUCGUCCCAGAACCACAUGGGGCUUUUAGUAGCUAAAUGUUAUAUUAAAUGUAUAAGGAAACAGCUUUAAAUAGCUAAAGUUUAUUGUAAAUGUAUGUGGAAACAGCUUCAAAUACCUAAAGUUUGUUGUAAAUGUAUAAGGAAACAGCUUUAAAUGGCUAAAGUUUGUUGUUAAUGUAUAAGGAAACAGCUUCAAAUAGCUUAAGUUUGUCCUAAAUGUAUCUGGAAACAGCUUCAAAUAGCUGAAGUUUGUUGUAAAUGUAUAAGGAAACAGCUUUAAAUAGUUGAAGUUUGUUCUAAAUGUAUGUGGAAACAGCUUCAAAUAGCUAAAGUUUGUUGUAAAUGUAUGUGGAAACAGCUUAAAAUAUCUCAAGGUUAUUGUAAAUGAAUAAGAAAACAGCUUCAAAUUGCUAAAGUUUGUUCUAAAUGUAUGUGGAAACAGCUUCAAAUAGCUGAAGUUUGUUGUAAAUGUAUGUGGAAACAGCUUCAAAUAUCUCAAGUUUGUUGUAAAUGUGUAAGGAAACAGUUUCAAAUAUCUCAAGUUUGUUGUAAAUGUGUAAGGAAACAGCUUCAAAUAUCUAAAGUUUGUUGGAAAUGUGUAAGGAAACAGCUUCAAAUAGCUCAAGUUUGUUGGAAAUGUGUAAGGGAACAGCUUCAAAUAUCUCAAGUUUGUUGGAAAUGUGUAAGGAAACAGCUUCAAAUAGCUCAAGUUUGUUGGAAAUGUGUAAGGAAACAGCUUCAAAUAGCUCAAGUUUGUUGGAAAUGUGUAAGGAAACAGCUUCAAAUAGCUAAAUUUUGAUGUAGAUGUAUGCGGAAACAACUUCAAAUAGCUAAAGUUUUGUUGUAAAUGUAUGUGUAAACAGCUUCAAUUAGCUAAAGCUUGUUGAUAAUGUAUUUGGAAACAUCUUCAUAGAACUAAAGUUUGUUGUAAAUGUAUCUGGAAACAGCUUCAAACAGCUUAAGGUAUUGUAAGUGUAUGUGGUGCUUGAAACAGCUAAAGGUUGUUGUAAAUGUUUGUGGAAACAGCUUCAAAUAGCUAAAGUUUGUUGUAAUGUAUGUGGAAACAGCAGCUUCAAACAGCUUAAGGUAUUGUAAGUGUAUGUGGUGCUUGAAACAGCUAAAGUUUGUUGUAAAUGUUUGUGGAAACAGCUUCAAAUAGCUAAAGUUUGUUGUAAAUGUAUGUGGAAACAACUUCAAAUAGCUAAUGUUUAUUAUAAAUGUAUAAAGAAACAGCUUUAUAUAGCUGAAGUUUAUUAUAAAUGUAUGUGGAAACAGCUUUAAAUAGCUGAAUUUGUUGUAAAUGUGUAAGGAAACAACUUUAAAUAGUUAAAGUUUAUUGUAAAUGUAUGUGGAAACAGCUUUAAAUAGGUAAAGUUUGUUGUUAAUGUAUAAGGAAACAACUUCAAACAGCUAAAGUUUUAUCUUAAAUGUACUAUAAGGAAACAGCUUUAAAUAGCUAAAAUGUGUUGUAAAUGUAUGUGGAAACAGCUUCAAAUAGUUAAGGUUUAUUGUAAAUGUAUGUGGAAACAGCUUCAAAUAGCCAAAAUUUGUUGUAAAUGUAUGUUAGGAAACAACUUUUAAUAGCUAAAGUUUAUUGUAAAUGUAUGUGGAAACAGCUAUAAACAGAAAAAGUUUAUUUUAAAUGUACAGUCAAACCUGUCUAUUAAGACCACCAUUGGGAGAGUCAAAAUGUGGUCUUUACUCAAAGGUGGUCUUUAUUCACAGGUUAGAAUACACUGUAAAUGUUAAAAUGGGAAACAGCACAUGUGGUCUUUAGAGCCAGGUAGUCUCUGUUCAGAGAUGGUCUUUAAAACAGGUUUGAAUAGCUAAAGUUUGCUGCAAAUUUUUAAGGAAAUAACUUUAAAUAGCUAAAGUUUGUUGUAAAUGUAUAAGGAAACAUCUGUAAAUAGCUAAGGUUUAUUGUAAGUGUAUGUGGAAACAGCUUUAAAUAGGUAAAGCUAUUGCAAAUUGUGGACACUGUUGUAAACAUUUAAAGUUUACUGUAAUUAUUUUUUGCAACAGUUUCAAAUACCUAAAUGGUUAUUGUAAUUGUAUGUGUAUGUAAAUAAAAUACAAAACUCUUCUAGUA